GAGACGUCUUGUAGUAUUUGUUUUCGCUUCCUGAUUGGACAGGCCAGGAGCGAGAAAGUUUCGGUCGGUUCAGUCAGCUGGCCGCGAACUGGUACCGGCCACUAGCUUUACGGUUAACCUCCGCGCUUACUAAUUCGCUCUUGACUCAUUUUAAAAUGCAAUUGGACAGAUUUCAAGUCAAGAGAGCUAGUCUAUUGGAAAAAUCGUCUGUUCGUCUCGACGCGUUCCCAGUAUUAUUCGCUAGCAAAAAGAGCGGCGGGCCGCGAACUUGAACGAACAUGCACCGCUGGCGGAGCAGUCACUGUAGUGACAGCACCGACUGCAUGUCCGACGAAAGUGAGGUUGAUCUGGACACUGUCCGGCAAUCGGUCAAGCUGCGGCGGAGGGUGGUCGUCUUCAGCCGCACGAGUCGAGCCAGCUACGACAGCGGAGAGACGAGCGAAGAGGUCGACCUGCCGGACGGAUGUUGUCACCGCAAACCGACCCACCUGUGGAAUGCCCCCGGUCCUCCCAAACAGUCGGAAACCUCGGCUCAGCACGACUCGAAAACUGGUUAUCUGUGUGAGUACGUGGGAAGUUUUUCUGUGACUGACAACGAAUCGUGGUGCAGGCCCGAACUGAUGGACGCUCAGCUGGCCCGAAUGAGGUGCGAGCCUUCCAAGCGGUCCGUCUUGUUCCUGGUGACUGCCUCUGGCGUCAAGAUAUGCUGCGCCGACGACAAGGUGGUGCUGAUGGCGCACGCCGUGCGUCGCAUCUGCUGGUGCACGUGUAGCCCCGGCCAGCACCAGUUCGCCUUCCUCGCCCGGGAGCCCAAACUACGAGCGGGCCUGCAGCACUGCCACGUCUUCCGAGCUCGCAGCCCCAAGCAGGCUGAAGACCUCAACUCUUUGGUGGGUUCAGCCUUCCGCAUGGCGUACGCUCGGCAGCUUCAACAGCAGCAACAACAGCAGCACCAACAGCAGCAGCAGCAGCGUCCGCAGCCUCAUCUUCAGCAGCCUUUCCAGCAGGGAGUGCUGCUGAGGCCCCUGCGUAGCGGCAGUCCCUCCCCGGCCAAGACCGACUCGAGGUCGACUCCGUCCUCGGUGGGGAUGGCCGGUGGAAGCCGCCCGGAAGCCUCCCCUCCCGACGCCUACACCAAGGUUUGGGCGAAGAAGGUGGCCGGGCGGACGAAGCACCGGGACCCCGUGGCGGAGGGCUUCGUGGAGCUGAACGUGCGCGCCCUCCAGCAGCAGAGCCCUCGCAGUCCCAGGGCCAGCGUGCACCUGCGCCUGGGCGUGGAGCGGAGCACCCCGGCUCACAGGGAGGAGGACCUCUGGUCUCCGUCCAGCAACGAGGACAACACCGCGUCCCCGACGGAGCUGAACAGGAGGUUCGCCGACAAGCCGCCGCCCGUCAAGAAGCUCGAGGACAGCUGGCAGCAGCGCGGAAGCGACGGCACUGGAGCGUCCAACACAGCUUCGGAGAAGACUUCGGCUCUUUCGGAAUCGGCGGUCUCAUCGACGUCGCCCAAUUCCCCGAGCAGCAACCAGGACGAGGCGAGCGGCUACGCAGGUGCCGGCGGCGACGCGACGGAGUGCCGCUACUCGACGCCCGCGGGACGACGGAGCACGCCCAGCUCGCCCGCGCCGAAGGCACGGGGCGGUGGCAGGACCGUGGUCGUCAUGCCGCCGGCUCCUCCCGAAAGGCAUGACUCCCUAAACCUCAAUGAGGAAGAAGAGCUUAGGGAAGCCCCAUGGUUUCAGGCUGGAAUACCAAGGGAGAUAGCCCUGGAGGUACUGGGGCAGGAACCCGUGGGCUCCUUCAUGGUGCGGAAGAGCACGAGCAAGCCCGGCUGCUUCGCCCUCUCGCUCAGAGUGCCCAGGAGCCUGCAGCCCACGGGCAUCUCCCACUACCUCAUCAUGCACACCAACAGGGGCUACAAGAUCAAGGGCUUCACCAAGGAGUUUGGCACCCUGACGUCCCUGAUCACGCACCACUCGGUGAUGCCCGAGCUGCUGCCCUGCCCGCUGUCUCUGUCCCGCUACAACUCUGCCUUCCGGAGGCACGGCUCGGCAGAGGACCUGGUGGACAUCGACGACGACCCCGACUACACCCUGCUCGCAGACUUCCGCAAGAUGAUGGCCGACGCCAUCUGACCCCCUGGCCUGGUCGUCACGCUAGUCCCUCUCCGAUGGAAAUGACCUUUCCUGGAGAAGCAGUUUCCAUGAAUGGUGACCCACCGAUUGACCGACAGUGCCCAUUCAAGCUGCUGAACCACAUGACCCACUACCGCUCUGUCUCUCUCCAAGACCUCUUCGCAGAGAACACAACAGAUAAACACACUUGACUGCUGCGCACACAACACUUGCAGCAGUAUCAGCCAUCAACUGGCAUCUGUGGCAUUGUGAUACAGGACUUUAGGACUCGUGCUUAUGGCCUACAGUCUCAUAUGACCACUCACUUCUUCAACUCAGUGAGACCAUCCGUACACAACUUGACGACCACCUUGUUUAGAGGAAUGAGACAUUUUUAAAGUGGGCGGAAAUAAAGCCUUCAUUUUUCUCAA